CUAGGUAGACAGCUCAUGGUUUUUGAGAGGCAAUCAGUGAAUCUGAUACUCACACAUCUCAGUAUAUACAGAGGUUGACAUUACCUGGUACCUAGGAAAAGUCAAAGUAAUGUGACCAGAGGGCUGUCGACAAGAUGUAGAUUUUGUCUAACAGACGGCCAGGUCAGCAUGAAAACCACGUGUCUUACAGAUUAGAUACGGGCAUAGUUGAGUCUCUCUCUCGCCUGGCAGUUGCUGUAUCAUUGAUUUAAUGCUGAAUGAACGCUGACUCUUGAGCGAAGCUGCGAACCACGAGCAUGACAUGAAAUCGCGGUGAUGUGUCUGGUGCUAAUAUUUGGAGGCAGCAUUUAAUUCCGUUUCCAGAGCAGACUAUUUUUAACCUUAACGUUUCUGCUGGAUGCGAUGUCCUAUCUGAACCCCCGGGGAAGAGAGCUCGAGCGUUUUGAUGGACUAUCGCUUAUUUACUGGACACUGAUGGGUCCAUAUGGAGCAGAUCGAGCAGUGCAUUCUAUGGAGUUUACAGACUGUGAGAAUGGAUUAGGAAUCAAAGUGUUCGGUGGUGUUAAAGAACUAUCAGGAGAAGAAUAUGGCGUUUAUGUGAAGAGGAUCUUACCUGGUGGCCUUGCUUCCAGUGAUGGAAACCUGCAGCCUGGAGACCAAAUCUUGGAGGUGAAUGGUGAAAGCUUGAUUGGCGUGACAAGUGAACGAGCGGUGGACAUUCUUAGAGCAGCAUCCUCAACCAAUCAUAUGCGCCUUCUCAUAGCCAGAGAUGAGGAAGCCAGGAGAGAAUUUGCAGAGCUCCUUGAAAAAUACGGCUCAAACGGCAGCACAGGAUCUACCAGGAAUUCACCUAUUCAGCAUACAGGCAGAUACUUGGACAGCACAUCAUCAGGGUCUUCAUCCAGAUCUCAAAGUCCUCUAUUACUUAGUCCUGCUGGGUCCCAGAGUAACUACAACAAUACAGGACCCUUGCUACGCUCCCUAAGUCACCCAGGUGAAGGGGUGAUUCAGCUGAUAUCAAUCGCUCGCUCCUGCAGACUGGGUAUUACAAUCGGCGGUGGCUCCAACAGACCUGAUGGGCCUGCAGUUUUCAUCCAGGAAGUGCUGUCUGGAGGAGAUUGUCAUCGGGAUGGACGGCUCAGACCCGGAGAUCAGCUUAUCGCCAUUAACAAGGAGUCAUUGAUAGGAGUCACGUAUGAGGAGGCCAAAAGUGUGCUCAAUAAGGUCCAAUUCAGUCAGGAACCAGUGGUGGAUAUUGCCUUCAUCCCAGGAAAAGGACCUUUUUCCAACAGCCCAUUGUUGCAUAAUGGAGUUCAGAGGGGGGUUGGGAAUGGAUACAACUCCAGCCGGUUAAAGGUUCAUGUCCGAUCUCCUGAGAUGCGACGAGAGGAAACAGCUCCAGCGCUUUCAUCCUCCCCGGAUAUCUGCCCUCCAGACAUACAGGUUUCAGCCUCCACCGCGCAGAGACAAGCCACUGUUUCCAAACCCAGGAUCUCACUGGACCCCCACAUACGGCUCAAAUCAGAGAAGCUCGAUCUGGCUCUGUCGUACCUGGGUCUGGAUGUAACAGAUGAGAAGCAGCGGCAGCUCAGAGAGAGUCUCACUACAGACCCUCAGGGAACUGUAUCGUAUGGAGACUUUGUGGAAGCCACCCGCAGCGUUUAUCAGGAGAAGCUGGAGGAGGCGGGACUGGGACAGGGUCCCUUCAUGUUCUCCUAUCAGGAAGCAGCUAGUUUGAUGGACACGUCUGCCUUUCAUUCCCCAACCUAUGAGUCAGAGUGCAGCUACAGCAGUGAGGAACUCGAGGAGUUUCAGACUGAAGUCAAACAACUCCAGCUACAAAUGAAACAACUUAAGGUGUUACUGAAAGACACAGAAGACAGCAAGAAGACUCUGGAGGAGGAACUGCAGAAGACGGCUGAGAAGGCCACAGCCACAGUGGAGGAGAAUAAGUCUCUGAAGAGCAAGCUGCAGGUAGCAGAGGCUGUUCAGAGACAGACUAACAGUGCCGAGCAAGACUAUGAGGAGGUCAUUCAGCUCCUGGAGGCUGAAAUCAAAGAUCUGAAGAACCAGCUAGCCGGAAAGAAACAGAGAGGCCUGGAGGCUACCAAGGAGGAUGGGAUGGAGCUGAACAGGAGGCUCACUAUCACUGACAGCCAGUUGAGAAGGUCUGAACUCACACGGAAACAUCUGGAGAUAUCCAACAAGAAGCUACUUGGCUUUGCACAGAAUGUCCACGAAGUUCUCACUAAUACCAGCUUAUUUGGGAUUGAAAGUGGGUGCGCACGAGCAUCUCCAGUGACCGACAGCCCCGACACACCCUCCCCGAUCCCAGACCCCGCCUGCCAGCUCGCAGCUGAGGCCAAAGUGCUCGUAGAUGGUGUCUGCUCACUUUGCACUGAGGACCACACGUUAGUGCAGUACGUAGAGGGAGACGUUGUGAAGGCUGAAGAGGACUGUGAUUCCGACCUCGUUCAGUGGCCACAACCUCCUGUCCUCGGGGCUCCUGCAGUAGAGCGGAGAGGUUAGUAGAGCAUCUGGGAUGGACAGACAAACCGGGCUCAUUCAGAACACCAAGGUCAAUCUGCAACUAUACCGUGGAAAAUAAGAGACUGUGAAGAUUUGCAGUGUGGUUUGUACUCUUUCAAGCAGUUAUCAGACGCCUGAGCUCUACCAAACUCAUACUCAUUUUUUAAAGCAGUCCGUGUACAUAUUUAACAUGUAGCAGUACUGAGUGUCAUUACAUAAAGGCAGAAACCAACCGAGGGAAUUCAAAUCUGAAACAUAGACGUCACUGUUAACAGCAGAGGUGACUUUGAGAUGCUCAAAUGUGAUUUCAACCGUGUCUCAAUAACACUUAUAGCAGAUGAAGCAGAACCUCUCUAUUAGAGUUAGGUAUAUUAUACAGUUCAUGUAUUACAUUUCACUUAGGGAUCUUCAGGACAGUCCCCACUCUUCAUCAUUUGAUAUGAUGCUUAUUUGUAUCUGUUCUGAGAAGUGCUAUGAUGUUUUAAAGAUUUUAUAUUUUCGGUCCAAAUCUUUUAUUAUUCAGAGACACUUAGACACGCUCGCUUCUAAGUGUGUGCGCGGUUGCCAUCAUAAACCUUGUAAAUCUCGCCGUCGAACCCUUCGAUGUCCUCUUCAUGUCUUUGCCGAUCAUGUCAGUCUACGCUGGGACGCAUUUGCGGUGCAGGUCAGUCCAAUGUCACCCAGCAUCCACUGCAUUACGAUCAGUUAUGGUCUGUUAAGUGCUUUGGGGGGAUCCUUCAUGGUUCGUUUCGUUGAUGGACGUUGAUUGCUCCAUCUCGGCGUCUUUGGGACUAUACUGAUUGUUCUGGGGGGGGGUUUCUUGUCAUGGCACUGGUGUCGAGUAAUGGGAGUCAUAUUGCAGUGUUUCACCCCGAAUGCAUCCAUUCGGCUGAACAAUGCACAUGGUUCGGGUUACUGUUUUCAUAAGCACACUGUAUUCGGCUGUUUUGUCUUGCCGUAUAGGAUCUACAGUCACUUAUAUCAAUGUGUAAUAAGCUGGUGUCAUUCAUUUCCUGAGGACAGAGGUGUACGGUUAUGCAGAUGGUUUGUUGAUAUUAAUAACAGCACAUGCUUUGCAAAUGCUGACAUGUAGUCCUGUGAUUUAACUAGAUUGCAUCAUAUGUGUGGCCUAAAUAUCUUUCUUUUAAUGUUUUUAUUAAAGUCGGAACAAAUGUG